AUGGUCGGCCGGGCGGUGUGUUGUCAUCCGCGGAGCGACGGACGGAGGCGGCGGCGGAGCCCCGGCGGGGCGUUUGGUUUCGGUUUGGCCCUGACUGGGAUUAGUGUUGACGGUCGAAAUGGGAGUCCCCAAGUUUUACCGAUGGAUCUCAGAGCGGUAUCCCUGCCUCAGCGAAGUGGUGAAAGAGCAUCAGAUUCCUGAAUUUGACAACUUGUACCUGGAUAUGAAUGGAAUUAUACAUCAGUGCUCCCAUCCUAAUGAUGAUGAUGUUCACUUUAGAAUUUCAGAUGAUAAAAUAUUUACUGAUAUUUUUCACUACCUGGAGGUGUUGUUUCGCAUUAUUAAACCCAGGAAAGUGUUCUUUAUGGCUGUUGAUGGUGUGGCUCCUCGAGCAAAAAUGAACCAGCAGCGUGGGAGGCGUUUUAGGUCAGCAAAGGAGGCAGAAGACAAAAUUAAAAAGGCAAUAGAGAAGGGAGAAACUCUUCCUACAGAGGCCAGAUUUGAUUCCAACUGUAUCACACCAGGAACUGAAUUUAUGGCCAGGUUACAUGAGCAUCUGAAGUAUUUUGUAAAUAUGAAAAUUUCCACAGACAAGUCAUGGCAAGGAGUUACCAUCUACUUCUCAGGCCAUGAGACUCCUGGAGAAGGAGAGCAUAAAAUCAUGGAAUUUAUCAGAUCCGAGAAAGCAAAGCCAGAUCAUGAUCCAAACACCAGACACUGUCUUUAUGGUUUAGAUGCUGACUUGAUUAUGCUUGGAUUAACAAGUCAUGAGGCACAUUUUUCUCUCUUAAGAGAAGAAGUUCGAUUUGGUGGCAAGAAAACACAACGGGUAUGUGCUCCAGAAGAAACUACAUUUCACCUUCUACACUUGUCUUUAAUGAGAGAGUAUAUUGAUUAUGAGUUUUCAGUAUUAAAAGAAAAGAUCACAUUUAAAUAUGAUAUUGAAAGGAUAAUAGAUGAUUGGAUUUUGAUGGGGUUUCUUGUUGGUAAUGAUUUUAUCCCUCAUCUACCUCAUUUACAUAUUAAUCAUGAUGCACUGCCUCUUCUUUAUGGAACAUAUAUUACCAUCCUGCCAGAACUUGGGGGUUAUAUUAAUGAAAGUGGGCAUCUCAACUUACCUCGAUUUGAGAAAUACCUUGUGAAACUAUCAGAUUUUGAUCGGGAGCACUUCAGUGAAGUUUUUGUGGACCUAAAAUGGUUUGAAAGCAGAGUUGGUAACAAGUACCUCAACGAAGCAGCAGGUGUAGCAGCAGAAGAAGCCAGAAACUACAAGGAAAAGAAAAAAUUAAAGGGCCAGGAAAAUUCUCUGUGUUGGGCUGCUUUAGACAAAAAUGAAGGCGAAAUGAUAACUUCUAAGGAUAAUUUAGAAGAUGAGACUGAAGAUGAUGACCUAUUUGAAACUGAGUUUAGACAAUAUAAAAGAACAUAUUACAUGACGAAGAUGGGGGUUGACAUAGUAUCUGAUGACUUUCUGGCUGAUCAAGCUGCAUGUUAUAUUCAGGCAAUACAGUGGAUUUUGCACUAUUACUAUCAUGGAGUUCAGUCCUGGAGCUGGUAUUAUCCGUAUCAUUAUGCACCUUUCCUAUCUGAUAUACGCAACAUCAGUACACUCAAAAUCCAUUUUGAACUAGGAAAACCUUUUAAGCCGUUUGAACAGCUUCUUGCUGUACUGCCAGCAGCCAGCAAAAAUUUACUUCCUACAUGCUACCAGCAUUUGAUGACCAGUGAAGACUCACCAAUUAUAGAAUAUUACCCACCUGAUUUUAAAACUGACCUAAAUGGGAAACAACAGGAAUGGGAAGCUGUGGUGUUAAUCCCUUUUAUUGAUGAGAAGCGAUUAUUGGAAGCCAUGGAGACAUGUAACCACUCCCUCAAAAAAGAAGAGAGGAAAAGAAACCAACAUAGUGAGUGCCUAAUGUGCUGGUAUGAUAGAGACACAGAGUUUGUCUACCCUUCUCCAUGGCCGGAAAAAUUCCCUGCCAUAGAACGGUGUUGUACAAGGUAUAAAAUAAUAUCAUUAGAUGCUUGGCGUGUAGACAUAAACAAAAACAAAAUAACCAGAGUUGACCAGAAGGCAUUAUAUUUCUGUGGAUUUCCUACUCUGAAACACAUCAAACACAAAUUUUUUUUGAAGAAAAGUGGCGUUCAAGUAUUCCAGCAAAGCAGUCGUGGAGAAAACAUGAUGUUGGAAGUCUUAGUGGAUGCAGAAUCAGAUGAACUUACCGUAGAAAAUGUAGCUUCAUCAGUGCUUGGAAAAUCUGUCUUUGUUAAUUGGCCUCACCUUGAGGAAGCUAGAGUUGUGGCUGUAUCAGAUGGAGAAACUAAGUUUUACUUGGAAGAACCUCCAGGAACACAGAAGCUUUAUUCAGGAAGAACUGCCCCACCAUCUAAAGUGGCUCAUCUUGGAGAUAAAGAGCAAUCUAACUGGGCAAAGGAAGUACAAGGAAUUUCAGAACAUUACCUGAGAAGAAAAGGAAUAAUAAUAAAUGAAACAUCUGCAGUUGUGUAUGCUCAGUUACUCACAGGUCGUAAAUAUCAAAUAAAUCAAAAUGGUGAAGUUCGUCUAGAGAAACAGUGGUCAAAACAAGUUGUUCCUUUUGUUUAUCAAACUAUUGUCAAGGACAUCCGAGCUUUCGACUCCCGUUUCUCCAAUAUCAAAACAUUGGAUGAUUUGUUUCCUCUGAGAAGUAUGGUCUUUAUGCUGGGAACACCCUAUUAUGGCUGCACUGGAGAAGUGCAGGAUUCAGGUGACGUGAUUACAGAAGGUAGGAUUCGUGUGAUUUUCAGCAUUCCAUGUGAACCCAAUCUUGAUGCUUUAAUACAGAACCAGCAUAAAUAUUCUAUAAAGUACAACCCAGGAUAUGUGUUGGCCAGUCGCCUUGGAGUGAGUGGAUACCUUGUUUCAAGGUUUACAGGAAGUAUUUUUAUUGGAAGAGGAUCUAGGAGAAACCCUCAUGGAGACCAUAAAGCAAAUGUGGGUUUAAAUCUCAAAUUCAACAAGAAAAAUGAGGAGGUACCUGGAUAUACCAAGAAAGUUGGAAGUGAAUGGAUGUAUUCAUCUGCAGCAGAACAACUUCUGGCAGAGUACUUAGAGAGAGCUCCGGAACUAUUUAGCUAUAUAGCCAAAAAUAGCCAAGAGGAUGUAUUCUAUGAAGAUGACAUUUGGCCUGGAGAAAAUGAGAAUGGUGCUGAGAAAGUUCAAGAAAUUAUUACUUGGCUAAAAGGACAUCCUGUCAGUACUUUAUCUCGUUCUUCUUGUGAUUUACAAAUUCUGGAUGCAGCUAUUGUUGAGAAAAUUGAGGAAGAAGUCGAAAAGUGCAAGCAAAGAAAGAAUAAUAAGAAGGUGCGAGUAACAGUGAAGCCCCAUUUGCUAUACAGACCUUUAGAACAGCAACAUGGAGUCAUUCCUGAUCGGGAUGCAGAAUUUUGUCUUUUUGACCGUGUUGUAAAUGUGAGAGAAAACUUCUCAGUUCCAGUUGGCCUUCGAGGCACCAUCAUAGGAAUAAAAGGAGCUAAUAGAGAAGCUGAUGUACUGUUUGAAGUAUUAUUUGAUGAAGAAUUUCCUGGAGGGUUAACAAUAAGAUGCUCGCCUGGUAGAGGUUAUCGACUGCCAACAAGUGCCUUGGUGAACCUUUCUCAUGGGAGUCGCUCUGAAACUGGAAAUCAGAAGUUGACAGCUAUUGUAAAACCACAACCAGCUGUGCAUCACUAUAGCUCAAAUUCAUCAGUUUCCUGUGGGCAUUUGGGAGGCCUCAACCAUUCCCCUCAAUCACUUUUUGUUCCUACUCAAGUAUCUGCUAAAGAUGAUGAUGAAUUCUGCAACAUUUGGCAGUCCUUACAGGGAUCUGGAAAGAUGCAACACUUUCAGCCAGCUGUACAAGAGAAGGGUGCAGUUCUACCUCAAGAAAUAAGCCAAGUAAACCAACAUCAUAAAUCUGGCUUUAAUGACAACAGUGUUAAAUAUCAGCAAAGAAAACAUGAUCCUCACAGAAAAUUUAAAGAAGAGGAUAAGAGUCCUAAAGCUGAGUGUUGGUCCCAAAAAAUGUCCAAUAAGCAGCCUAACUCUGGAAUUGAGAACUUUCUAGCAUCUUUGAAUAUCUCCAAAGAAAAUGAAGUACAGUCAUCUCAUCAUGGGGAGCCUCCAAGUGAAGAGCAUUUAUCACCACAAUCAUUUGCCAUGAAGGGAACACGGAUGCUUAAAGAAAUUCUAAAAAUUGAUGGCUCUAACACUGUGGACCAUAAGAAUGAAAUGAAACAGAUUGGUAAUGAAAUCCCUGUUUCCUCUAUUAGAAGAGAUGAAUAUGGAUUACCCUCUCACCCUAAACAAAAUAAGAAAUUAGCAUCUUAUGUGAACAAGCCUCACAGUGCUCGUGAGUACCAUAAUGUUCAGUCUAUGGACAAUGUGUGUUGGCCUGCCCCCAGCCAGAUCCCUCCUGUAUCCACACCAGUAACUGAACUUUCUCGAAUUUGUUCCCUUGUUGGAAUGCCACAACCUGAUUUCUCCUUUCUUAGGACGCCGCAGACAAUGACUGUUUGCCAAGUAAAAUUAUCUAAUGGCUUACUGAUACAUGGGCCACAGUGCCACUCUGAAAAUGAAGCCAAGGAGAAAGCUGCACUUUUUGCUUUACAACAAUUGGGCUCCUUAGGCGUGAAUUUCCCUUUGCCUUCACCAGUAUUUGCAAAUUAUCCUUCAGCUGUACCACCCGGAACCAUUCCUCCAGUCUUUCCCCCACCUACUGGCUGGGAUCACUAUGGAAGCAACUAUGCAUUGGGGGCAGCUAAUAUAAUGCCUUCAUCAUCUCAUCUCUUUGGCUCAAUGCCAUGGGGACCAUCAGUGCCAGUUCCUGGGAAGCCUUUCCAUCAUACUUUAUAUUCUGGGACCAUGCCCAUGGCUGGGGGAAUGCCAGGGGGUGUGCACAAUCAGUUUAUACCUCUGCAGGUUACUAAAAAAAGGGUUGCAAACAAAAAGAACUUUGAGAAUAAGGAAGCCCAGAGUUCUCAAGCCGCUCCAGUUCAGACUAGCCAGCCAGAUUCUUCCAACAUUGUCAAAGUAAGUCCACAGGAGAGCUCAUCAGCUUCUUUGAAGUCCUCUCAGAUUGCUCAACCUGCAUCUUCUUUUCAAGUUGAAACGGCCUCUCAAGGCCGUAGUAUAUCUUACCAUAAGUCAACACCAAGCUCUUCUUCAAGAAGAAAAUCAAGAAAACUGGCUGUCAAUUUUGGUGUUUCUAAACCUUCUGAGUAAAUUUGGCUGUUGGAAUUAAUUUCUUCUCUUUCCAUCUACCUUUUUAUAAAUCCAUAUCUAUAUCUCAUAAAAAUUAGAAUUUACUAUUUUAAAAAAAGAUGUGUAAAUUGAAAUUUUUUCAUUUUUAAUUUAUCAGGCACUUUUCAUGCUGUUCAAAAGACUGUGUAUCAAAUUGUGCACUUUAAGUAUGUGCAGUUUGUUGUAUGUCAAUUAUACCUCAAUGAAUCUGUAAUAAAAAACUAAAUUAAACCUUGCAUUAAAAUAACAUCACAGUAUCAGUGGACUAAACAUUAAAAUGUACCACUCUAAUCAUUGGCCUCAUCAUUGAAGCAUCCAGAACUAUGAAUUAGACAUCAGUUAAUAAUCCCAGCAAUAAUAAGCAUUUUUUACACUAUCAUUGAGGAAUAAUGACAUGGAGCAUGAAAUUUGGCCCCCAGUAUAACUUACUGAAUGUGGAUUUUAUUUCCCUUGUCCAUGAUGUGAGAAAAUUGUCAGGAGAAUGGCUCUUAUUUAUAUGUAUUUUAACUUAACGCUUUGUUGUCUCUGAGGGACCCUUAGACCUGCUGCGAAAGGAUCACAUUUGUUGUGGUGCUGCCAGUUUUGCUUUAUUCUAAAUUUUGUACCAAAGCAACUUUAGAAUAAUCAGAAUAUUUCAUCUAACUGCUUAGAACUAUAAAUAGCAUUCUAAAUUUGAGUAAAUACAAUUUUUUAGAUUACUCAAGAACCAGCAUUAGGAAUUUCUAAUAAAAUUGUUUCAAAAUCUACAGGGUACAAUGAUUACAAAUUAAUCUUCUAACAAAAUAUGAAAUAUUAGUCAUGUUAAUAAAUUGUAUUAUUUUAUAUGGCUUUUUAUUUGCUUACCUGACAUUUUAUGAGAGCUUCAUGGUUGGUCAGUAUGUAGUGCUUCCUGGGACUGAAGAAAUUCUAACUGUUAAGUUCCAAGGUGUGCUACAAUAUAGGAGGCACAGUCAUCAGUUUGUGACAUACAUUAUUUACCACCUAUUUCAUUCUAAUUCUGUAUUUUUAGCUUUAUGCUGAACUGUUCAGUGAUGCUGGGAUUCUCUCUUUGCAUGUCAUAUGUGAAUGUGUGGUUCAACCUAUAACUGUUGAAAUUAUUGUAGAAUUUAUGAAGAUUUCUCAGCAGGGCCUAUGUUUAUAUAUAUAUAUAUUUAUUAUUUAGUUUUUGUGUUAUGCUUAUAUUUUUAAGGAAGUAAGUUAUAGCAUACUUUUUUAAAAGUAGGAACCACAAUCUUUAUAUGGAGCAGCUUGUUAUAUCUGAUUUUCAUUUAGCUCGUUGGAAACUCUGCCAUGACUCUUAAAGUAGUCUUAUUUGUUUUUUAAAAUGCUGGUAUUAAACUAAAUGGACUCCUUUCACUAA